AUGUCCUUGGUUAAAGAAAUUAUCGUCGAUCCCUAUAGAAGAUUGAAAUGGGGUUUUAUUCCAGUUAAAAGAAAUGUGGAAGAUAUCAUUGAAUUCAGUUCGGAUUCCUUUAAGGAUGAUAGUACAUCCACUACAUCAUUACCUUCAGAAAAGACUAAAGACCAAAAAUUUAUUGAUGUUAAAGUCGUGGAAGACGUUGAAUAUGAAUAUAGAGAUGAAGCCAAUAGGAAAUGGUGGAGUUUUUUCAAUGAACAGGAAUAUAGAAUCAACCAAAAGCAAAAUGCUACAAACAAAUGGUAUCACUGGUUUGCUGAGGAUACAUCAUAUGCCGAAAAGAAACUAUUAAUUAAGUUAGAUAUUCUUCUUGCCUUCUAUUCAUGUAUUGCCUAUUGGAUCAAAUAUUUAGAUACAGUUAAUUUGAAUAAUGCAUACGUCUCUGGUAUGAAAGAAGAAUUAGGUUUUAAAGGUAACGAUUUAGUUAAUACCCAAGUCAUGUAUACCGUUGGGAACAUUGUGUUUCAAAUACCGUACCUUUUUUGUUUACAUAGCAUCCCAUUAAACUAUGUUUUGCCCUUUUUAGACAUAUGUUGGUCUCUGUUAACCAUUGGUGCUGCUUAUGUUAAUUCUGUAUCCCAUUUGAAAGCAAUAAGAUUUUUUAUCGGUGCCUUUGAAGCACCAAGUUAUUUAGCUUACCAAUAUUUGUUUGGAUCAUUUUACAAACACGAUGAAAUGGUUCGUCGUUCCGCAUUUUAUUAUCUUGGCCAAUAUAUCGGUGUUCUUUCUGCAGGUGGCAUUCAAUCUGCAGUCUAUGAAAGUCUUGAUGGUCGUAAUGGAUUAUCUGGUUGGAGAUGGAAUUUUAUUAUUGAUGCUAUUGUAUCCAUUGUUGUCGGUAUUAUUGGAUUUUAUUCUUUACCAGGUGAUCCACAUAACUGUUAUUCCAUUUUUUUAACUGAUGAUGAAAUUAGAUUGGCCAGAAAAAGAGUUAAAGAGAAUCAAACAGCAAAUACCAAUCUAUCUGAUAAAUUAUUUGAUCUCAAGAUUUGGAAAAGAAUAAUAUUUGAUUGGAAAAUUUAUAUCCUAACAUUGUGGAAUGUCUUUUGUUGGAAUAAUAAUAAUGGUUCUUCAGGUGCCUAUCUGUUAUGGUUGAAGUCAUUGAAAAGGUACUCUAUUCCUAAAUUGAAUAAACUUUCCAUGAUUACUCCUGGUCUUGGUAUGAUCUAUUUGAUUGGUACAAGUUUUGUAGCAGAUAAAUUUCAUUCACGUUGGUUAGCAAUUAUUAUUAUUCAGAUAUUCAAUUUUACUGGUAAUGUUAUUCUUGCUGUUUGGGAUGUUGAAGAAGGUGCCAAAUGGUUUGCAUUUAUGUUACAAUACUUUGGUUGGGCCAUGGCUCCUGUAUUAUAUUCGUGGCAAAAUGAUAUUUGUCGUAGAGAUGUCCAUUCAAGAGCAGUUAUUUUAGUGGUAAUGAAUAUGUUAGCACAGACAUCAACAGCAUGGAUUAAUGUUUUAGUAUGGAAAACUUCAGAAGCACCAAGGUUUCCUAAAGGUUUUAUUUGGGUUGCUGUAGCAUCUUUUUGUUUGUCUAUUUGGACUUUUGUAGUAUUAUAUUUUUAUAAGCGUGAUGAGAAAAGAAAUGCGAAGGACAAUGGUAUUAUUAUUUAUAAUUCAGCUAAAGGUGAAACUCCAGAACAAUUUGAAACCCAGGAAUCAUAA